AUGCAGUUUCCCCACGGGAUCCCAGCCCCUCUCCUCCCUCUCCCACCCUAGCUGCUAGGCCAGGGGCUUUCCUCAGAGGGGGGCCUGGGCCGGGAGCCCAAGCUGGAAUCAAGAGGUUCUUUACUAAGCAAAGUGCGACAGCUGCUGCUGUUGAUGCUGCGGCUUCUGGUGCUGCUGCUGCGGCUGCUGCUGCUAGCUCUGCAGGUGUCAAAACGAAGUCGGAGCAGGAGCAGCAGGUGGAGGGGAGGAUGAAGGAGCGGGAGAGGGAGUGGGAGAGGGAAGAGAGGGAGAGGCGGGAGGUGUGGGGAGCGGUGGGGUGGGAUGUAUCGCGGGUGCUGUGGCCCAUGGUGGCCUUCCUGGUGUGGCGGUGCAGGGUGUGCGCUGAUACCAUCACCACAGGCGGACAGAAGCUCGUAUUCGUCCGUCUCUUCGAGAUCCUUCCCCUGGCAGUCAACCACCUCCUCCCUUCCUCUUCUCUCACCAGCAGCAGCAGCAGCACCCCCUCUGCUGCUGCUGCCGGUGCUGCUACAGGCAGCACUGCCCCUCCCCAUCGUACAGCCCCUGGCCUUUACACUGCCGGUCCCGACGGUAAGCUCUCUCUCUUUCCCCUCGCUACUUCCCUCCCGAAGAUACCGAACCUGCUGCUGGACCGGAACGUCGGCCAGACCUGGGGUGGUGGCUCGGCAGGGGUACGGAUCUUAUGGUUUGGGGAUGGAGGAAUGGGAGCAGGAGGAGGAGGAGGAGCAGGGGGAAAGGGAGGGGGAGAGGCCGAGGGUGAGGCUGAUUGGGUGGCUGACGUGGCAGCUUGUGUGACUGUUAAGGACGUGUCUAUACUGCAUCGUUGGGUGGAUGCAUCAGAGUCAGUGCUCAAGGCUUUACAGGUUACAUGGCAACUGUUUGGUCAGCAGAGCAGUGAAUGUAACCGAAGUGGAAUCAGUAUCACCAGAAGCAACAUAAGUGGUGGUAAAAGUCGAGGUGGGAUGUGGGGUAGGUGGAAAUGGGCUCUUCUGUUGAGGGAUUUCUGUAGCUGUCUGAUAGCUGGGAUUAAGCUUAGUGCAGAGGUGAAUCUGACGAAGGAGCAGAAGGAGAGGCUCCUAGAGGCAGCACAGCAGGCAGCAUCGCUUGUUUCAGCUUCGGAUGCCGAACCUCCGCCGAAGAAGCCGCUUCCGAACCUAAGGGUGCCGUCUGGAGAUGGGGGGGAUGGGGAGGGAGAGGAGGAAGGAGGGAGGGAGGGGAUAGACGAUUUGAUUCACCUGUAUAGUGAUGACGAGGAGGAGGAAGAGGAGGAGGAGAGGGGUAAGGGACGGGUGGAGAGGAGGGGGAAGGAAGAGGGGGAGAGGAAGAGGGAGGGAGUGGAGGAGAGAGUGGGUUGGGGCACGGGUUGGAGUGUUGGAGAGGGGGGGGAAGGGGCUGCUGGUAAGGGGCAGGGAAGGGUGGUUGAGACUAUAGAUCUGGAAGAUAUUGAGGAGGAGGAUGUGGCUGGAGUAGAAAAGGCGACGCACGGAAGAGAGGAGAGGGAGAGGAUGGAGGUGGAGGAGGAGGGAGAGAGUGAGGGGGAGAUGAGCUUGGAGGAGGUAGAGGAGGAGGGGAUGGGGGAGGAGGAGGAGGAGGAGGAGGAAGAGGAAGAGGAAGAAGGGGAGGAGGAAGAUGAGGUGCCAAUUGGGCAGUUAAAACGAGGUGAUAACGGCGGGUCUGCAGAGGUUUCUGCUGCUGCAACUGGCCCUGGGGUUCCACCUGGGGCAGGUGCAUCUGCAAAGUCAGCGCCAUCUUUCCCCUUCUCCUCCGGCCCCUCACCCUCCUCUCCCUCCUUUCAAUCCGCCUCCCACCUUUCGUCUCUCCUUUCCUCCCGGGCAGCAAAGCAGCGGCGCCGAAACACACUCGAAAAAUACCUCCGCUCUCAAGUUGCAACAGCUGCCGCUGAUGCUUCUGCUGCUGCUGGUGGCGCUACUACAAGUGGUGGUGCUGCUGCUACCGCAGGCACAGGGAAGUUGAGGGCAGGUGCAAGGACUGGGGCAGGGGGGGUGGUUUUUAAGAAGCCGCGCAGCCUUCUGAUCAGGAAGCCAGGCAUGAUGAAGGGAGCCCGGGCUGGGAGCAAGCUGGCAGCAAUAAGGGAGACGCACAAGGCUGGUGUGGAGCAGAGAAACAGUGCCAUGGGGGACGUGCAGCGGCAAAUCAGAGAGCGACAGCUGGCGGAGAGGCUGAAGCAGCAGCAGGGGGGGCCAGGGGGAGCAGGUGCAACUGUGGAUCCGUUUGCGUUUACUGCAGAGGCGCCGUCUCAUGCAGGCUUAUCUGGUAAAGCGCCCGUUUCACCAGCAGCAGCAACAGAGCCACCAGCAGCAGCAGCAGCAGGGAAAGCAAGAGCAGUGCUUCUGGAGGUGCUGGCUGAUGAUGACUUGGAUGCAGAGCUCGAGAGAGAAGCAGCCAAAGCAAGGAGACCCGGAGGAAAGCUCUCCAUAGGCGGGCUUGAGGGCAUGAGCCGAGUAGCAGACCAGAUCAAACGCAACCGAACCAUCGCCCUAGGCUCGGACCGGACCACCCCGUCAGGCUUGGCAGACAGGCUCGGCAUCAAGGACUGGAUGGCUUGGAAGAAGCCGCCCCUGCCAAAGCUGGACGAUUGGUUCCGGAAGAUCCUGGCCAUGGAUUACUAUGAGGUGGUGUCUGGUUCCGAGCCUGCAGGUUCGGCGAGCCGGGGGCUGGUUCGGGUGCCGGACGAGUUUGGUUCGGUGGCAGAUUACGUCCGGGUGUUCCAGCCAUUGGUCCUGGAAGAAUUCAAGGCUCAGCUUCGGCGAUCGUACGACGAUGCUGUUGGCUCGGGUGGAGGGGGAGGAGGAAGGGGAGAAGGGGGGGGAAGAGGUGGUGGGGGGAGCGCUGCUGCAGCAGCAGGGGGGCCACCAGCAGAGAGAAGGGGAGGGGCGGAGGUGGCGUAUGUGGGCGCGCUGAGAAUGCUGUCGAUAGAGAGAGUGGAUGAUUUUCAGUUGGCUCGAUUUAUGGCGGAGCAGGGAGCAGCGUCGGGGUCGCGGGCUUUCUGUGGGGAGAAUGAUCUCGCGCUGCUCACUCGCAACGUGCCGGAUCAUGCUGCUGCAGCUGCUGCUGCUAGUGGUGCUGGUGCUGGUGGUGCGGCUGCUUCUGCACAGCAGAUGGUUCACGUGUUGGCGAAGGUAGAGCGUAGGGAAUAUGAGAGGGAAUCUCGAGCAGUGAUUCUCCAGCUGCGGUUCUUUCUCCCUCUCACCGGCUCCCCUCGCCUUGCGCGCACCAAGCAACUCCUAGUCGAUCGCAGCACGUGGCACGUGACGCGCAUUCUCUCCCUCGUGCCGCAUAUGAGGGAGUUCCAGGCGCUGGCGGCUGCUCAGUACCUGCCGCUGCUGCCCCCGCUGCUCAAACCUAGCUUCUUUGGCUCAACCGCUACUGCUGCUGCUGCUGGUGGUAAUUCUACCACGGCUGCCGACUCUUCAGCUGUGAACGUAUCUCUUGAGGGUACGCCCUUGCCGCUCUCGCUGAGGAAUAAGUACGAGUCUCAGUUCAACAGUUGUCAGCUGCAGGCUAUCAAGCAUGCUGUUGGGAUGAGCAAGGGCGGAGCAGCAGGCAACACCCCUGGUUUAGGCACUGCUUGUGCUGCUGGUCAUGCUGGUUUUGAGUCUGCCAGCGCUGGUCUUUUCGCAGCUGCUGGUUUUGGUGGUGGUGGUGGUGGUGCAGAGGAGAACCGCAAGCUGGUCUUGGUGCAGGGGCCGCCAGGCACAGGCAAGACCCGCACCAUAGUCGCCAUCAUCACUGCCCUGCUAGCAUGCAGGAAAAAGGCAGGGGGUCAGGAGCACUCUGGAGUGGAAGAGAGGGGCGCGGUUUGGGAGUCAGAACCAAGGUCUAAUGCUGCUGUGGAUGAGAUCAUAUCUCGGAUUUUCCGGGCACAUUCGGAAUCGGCAAAGGAUGGGUGGGAUGAUGAGAUGGUGCGAUCUCAGCCGUCGGUUGUGCGCGUUGGGAACGUGUCAGCCGUCCAUCCGGACUCCCUCCACAUUCACAUUGACACUCUCGUGGCGAAAAGACUGGCUAAGGAAGCAGCUGGGCGUGCUGUAAACGCUGGUGAUAAUAACGAGGGGAGAAGAGAGAGUGAGGUUCUGGGAGAGAAGGACUGGAGGGACGUGUUUGGUGAUGGGGCGUUUGCUGGUGCUCGUGGUGGCACUGCUGGUGCCACUGCUGCUGGUGUUGCUGGUGGUGGUGCUGGUGGCAGUGGUGGUUUAGGGACUGAGGGAGCUGUGAGAGAGCGGGUGGCUCAGUUGAGGCAGCAAUUAGAACGUGCUUUUGAAGUGAUCCGAGCAGUUGAGGCACUUAGAUGCAAGAAACGCUUAGAGGAGAAUGGGGAGGGUGGGGAGGAGAGAGGAGAGGAGGGAGGGGAUGGUGGGAAGACUGCUAAUGCAAGGGAGAGUAGGAAGGAGGGUGCAAGGGGAGGGGGGGAGGAGGAGAAAACAGCUGAGAAAAUAGCUGAGGAGAUUAUAUCGCAUGGGGAAGAAACUAUUAAGGCGAGGCUUAAUCUGCUGUACCGGAAAAAGCGGGAAAUUUCGGCUGACCUGGCAGCAGCAGAGAAGGAGCGGCGGGCAGCUGCCGAGGAGGAUAAAGCGCGGCGGGCAGCGGUGAAAAAAGAGAUUAUAAGGGAGGCAGAAGUGGUGGUUACCACACUGAAUGCGUGUGGAGGCGAUGUGUUUACUGCUUGCUGGGAGGGGGCAGGGGAUAAAGGGGGGAGAGGGGGAGGAGUGGAGUGUGGUGGUGGUGGUGGUGGUGGUGGUGGUGGUGGUAGGUUCGGGGGGACUGCAGGUUUGGGAGGAACUGGUUUUGGAGUGAGAGCAAGGGGAUGGGUAGGAGGCAUGGGAGGAGGAGCGAGGGGGGCUUCAGGUGGUUUUUCAGGUGGAGCGUCAGGUGGGGUGCUGCCGUCGUGGAUGGAGGGGCUGUUUGAUGCGGUGGUGAUCGAUGAGGCGGCUCAGGCACUGGAGCCAGCCACCUUGAUUCCUCUGCAGCUGCUCUCUCGGGUCAACAGCCGGUGCAUCAUGGUGGGCGACCCCAAGCAGCUCCCAGCGACGGUCCUCUCCCGCACGGCAUCCAACCUGCGCUACGAGCGCUCCCUCUUCGAGCGGCUCCAGACGUCUGGUUACCCGGUUACCAUGCUGUCGAUGCAGUACCGCAUGAACCCCCACAUCUCCCUCUUCCCCUCCUCCUUCUUCUACCAGUCUCUCCUCUCCGACGCCCCCUGCGUCACCGCCCCCUCCUGGUCCUCCCCAUUCUGCUCGUUGCCGUCUGGUUCCUCCGCCUCCUCUCAUCUAUCCUCGUUACAGUCAGCCUCGUUACAGCCUCAGCUGCAUGGCCAGCACAGUGUGGCGUCAACAGCCCCCUUGCUUCCAUACGCUGUUUUUGAUGUGGAGGAUGGAGUGGAGAGGACCAGGGGACCAGCAGGGGCGCCUUCAUUGUGCAACGAAGGGGAGGCGGCGGCUGCUCUGGAGCUGUUUCGCCUGCUCCAGCAGCGAUUCCCUGAGGAGUGUUCGCCAGGCAGAGUAGGUGUCAUCACUCCCUACAAGCAGCAGCUGUACCUGCUAAGAGACACUUUUAGCCGAGCGCUGGGGCGCGGUGCUGCUGCAGACAUUGAGUUUAACACAGUGGAUGGUUUUCAAGGGAGGGAGGUGGAUAUCCUUAUCUUCUCUACCGUCCGUGCAUCUCCUACUUCCUUCACCCCCUACGCGUCCUCAUUCCCAUCCUCCUCCCAUCCCUCCUCCCAUCCCUCCUCCUCCCACCCUUACUCCUCUCACCAUUCCUCUAACCACCCCUCCUCAUCCUCCUUCCCUUCCUCCUCUCCCCUUGGAAAACCCACCAACGGCGAGCGACCGUCGCGAGAAGAGAGGAGGACCGUUGGAUUCGUGGCAGAUGAACGGCGGAUGAACGUGGCUCUGACCAGAGCCAGGAAAGCGCUCUGGAUACUGGGGCAUGCAGCAACGCUGGCACACAGCAAGCCGUGGUGUGCGCUGCUGUGUGAUGCUAGGGAGAGAGGAGUGGUUUUAACGGCGAGGAGGCCGUAUAGGGAGGGGCUGGUGAGAGGGGAGAGGGCUGAUUUGAGGUUCCUGCCAGAGACAGGGAGGAGUGGAGGGGAGGAGGGAGGGCGGAAGGGAGGAGAGAGAGGGGGAAGGGGGCGGGAUGGAGGGGAGGAGGGAAGGAGGAAGGGAGGAGAGGAAGGGGAGAGGAGACGAGGAGGGGAGGGGAGGCGUGAGAGAGGUGAAAGGGACGCGCAGGGUAGAGAAAACGAGGAAAGGCAACUCGAGGAGGAAAGAGCGAGGGAGGAGACAAAGAGAGCGAGGAAGGAAAGGGGAGAUACGGACGAGGAAGGGGAGAAGGACAAGGAGAGAGGAAAGGGAGUCCAUGAAAAGGUGAAGCGUAGAGAGGAGGGGGCACAGCACAGGGGUACGAGAGUUGAAUGCAGGGAGGCUAGGAUUGGGGAAGCAGUUGAGGAGGAAAGGAAGGGAGAAGAAGACACGGGGGCUGCUGAAAGACGCAAGGCAGAGAGUGAGGGAGAGUGCAAGAGGGGGAGCGAGCUCGAGCAGGGAAAGCACGUGGUGAUUGAGGGUGAAAAGGCCAAGGGGAAGGUGCUGGCGCACAAGGGAGUGCAGGAUGGGGGUGGGGUAGACAUGGUUAGAGAAAGCCAGACGAGGGUGCAAUCACCAGCAGCAAUGCUGGCAGAAGCAGCCGCAGCACAAGCCAAGUCACCACCAAUACAAGUAGCAAGGGAAGCUAUGGCAACUGGGGGAGAAGCAACGACUCAAGCCAAUUCACCUUCAAUAGCAGCAAUGCCAGAAGGUGCAACAACAGAGGAUGAGAGAAUAGCACCUGCGGAAGCACAGGCAGACCCACCAGUGCAAGCAGCAGUGCCUGGAAGAGCAGCAACGGCACAGGCAGAAGCAGCAGCACAGGCGAACGCAAGGGCAGACGCACAAGCAAGGCUAGCAGUACCAACAGCAGAGCAAGCACGUGCGCAUGCAGCAGCAGGGCCGGAGCAGCUGAAGGGAGGUGAUGGCAGAGAGGAGGUGUCAGGGAGUGGGGAAAAACAAGCAGCGCAGUCAAAACCACCAGUGGAAGCAGCAGUGGCUGGAAGAGCAGCAGAGCAAGCACGUGCGCAUGCAGGAGCAGGGCCAGAGCAGAUGAAGGGAGGGGAAGGCAGACAGGAGGUGUCAGGGAGUGGGGAAAAACAGGUGCCUGGUGCAGAACCAGGGGGUGGGGGAGGCGGUAGGGAUAGAGUGCAAGGAGCGGUGUUGGAGCCAGAAGUGGGGCAGAGGGCGAGAGGGGAUGAAGCAACGUUAAGGAAAGCAGUGACAGACUUGGAAAGGGAGCAUGGGGCGACGCCCACUGAUGGCGGUCGGAAGGCAAGGGAAUCGGGGAGCUGGGAGAGGGGGAGAGAAGGCGAGGAAAGGAUGGUCCGGAGGGAUGGGGAUAGGACCAGGGACAGGGAAAGAGAUGGGGAGAGAGGUUGGGAAAGGGAUAUUUACAGGGCGAGGGAUGGGAGGAGAGAAAGAGGCAGGGAGAGAGACAGGGAGAGAGAAGGAGACAAGGACAGGGGAAGAACUGGUGACAGGGAUUGGAGCAGGGAGAGAGACAAGGAUACGGAAAGGGGCAGGGAGAGGGCGUCUGUAACAUCAUCAGAUCAAAAGAAGAAGCGGGUAUUCGACAUCCCAGAGGUGGUGAAGCAGCUGAAAACGAGCGUGUGGAUCCAGGACGGCAGUCAGGGGUUCUUCAUGUGGUGUCUCAGGCGAGAGGGGGAUGCGAGGCAGCGAGUGAGCGGGGUGAAGCGAGAGGCUGAGAGACGGCGGAGGGAGAUGAGGAUGCGGGAGGGGAGAGGAGGGGAGAGGGGGAGGGAAGGAGAUAGGGAUAGGACGCGGGAGACUGAGAGGAUAAGGGAGAGAGAGAGGAUGCGGGAUAGAAGUAGAUCAGGAUCAAGAGAGAGGGAGAGAGUGUGCGCGAGGGAAGGAGAGAAGAAGAGCACUGGUGAUGGGCAGAAUCGCAGUGGCCAGCAGCACCAUGCGCCCUCCUCUAACCAGCAGCAGCAGCGGCACCAGCAGCACUACCAGCAGGGUCAGCGCCAGCAAUCACCCCAUCACCAGAGCCAGCAGCAGCAGCAGCAGCAGCAGCAACAAAAACCUCAAGGGCCUUCUCCCCGUGAAGCUCCGUCGAAGUGGGCUAAUCUUGUGGAGAAAAGCCGAGCUACUCUGGUUGGAAGAACAGGAACCGAUUCUGCAACCUCUGCUGCUGCUGCUACUUCUGCUGCUGGUGCUCGUCCUGGUUCAACCCCAUCCACAGCCACAAGAAUACCACCGCCACCAGCGUCGGCAGCAGAGAGCCGCAAGAGGCAGCGUGAAGCAGCAGCAGCCGAGAUGCCAGCUGGCAGCAUGCUACAGUCCAAACGACCCCACCGUGCCACGUCUCCUGCAGAGCUGGGGCUUGACUGGGGGCCCGCUGGUGGGGGAAACAGAGGCGGAGGAGGGGGAGGAGGAGGAGAGAGAGGGGGAAGGGGAGGGGGAGGGGGAGGGGGAGGGGGAAGAUUAGAGGGGAACGAUAAAGAUUCUGGGCUGGACUGGGGAGGCGGAGGUGGGUUGGAGAGGAGCAAGAGUGUAGGCAGAAAGCAAGCACCCACCGAACCUGUGCCUCUGGUCCGGGCCCCACGUCCCCCGGGCAUCACGGCUAGGCCUGGGAUCACAGGGAGCAGCAGCAGCAGUAGAAGCAGUGCACAGCACCAUCAAUCUUCCCUUCAGCACCAGCACCAGCAUCAGCAGCACCAGCAGCAGCACCAGCAGCAGCAGUUGAGAGCAGCGAAGGCAGGAUCAUCGUUCGUAGAUGACAUCUUGUCUGGGGUAGCAGAUGUGAGUAGGGCGCAAGUGAUUGGUCAGCAGAUUGCGGAUAAUGAUGAAGCUGACGUGGCAUGAGGAACAGUACCCAAGGGACAGUGUAUUAUCGGGUAGUAAGAGAUUGGUUUUGGGGUGAGCUGCCAGCUUUUGCAAGGAGUGGGUCGAGUUUCUCCAUGUGCAAAAUGGAGCUAAGUGGGGCGAAAGGGAGAUACUGGGUAGCAGUACUAAGGUUGAAGUUUUUGUUA